UACCUUCAUUGAUCUUAUCGACCUUCUCGGGCAGGCUAACAUCCGGGGUUCUAAAGCCAUCCCUUUGCUCUUGCGGCUGUUAUUCCCACAUUGUAUGUCUCUUCUAGUUAAUACGUUAUUCUCUUUAGUACGAGCGAGCCUUGGCUUCGCCCUCGAACGGGUUAUCAUCUGUAUCUCUUCAGAGUCGUUAUGGAUCAAUUAUAUUUGCCAAUGGCCACGGCUGAGGAUUGUAGUGGUCAAUCACCGCCAUAUCCUACAAACGAGAUUGUCGAGAAGCCCGAAAAUCUUGAAAAGCUUCAAGUCGGAGUGACAUUUGUCAGACUUGGUGUCCAGGGCCUUGCCACGGCUAACCAACAUGCAUAUAACUUCUUGGAUUAUAUACUCGCUAUUCCUAUAUUUCUAAUCAGUUUGCUUAGACCUUAUGCUACCCAUAAGACUCGGAUACUCCAUGACCUUGAGGGCAUCAUCCCACCUGGCGAGAUGCUACUCGUCCUGGGACGACCGGGCAGUGGCUGUACUACUUUCCUCAAAGUCCUAGCCGGCAAUAUUGACGGCCUCGAGGUCAACGAGAGGUCUCAUAUUAACUACCAAGGCAUUUCCUAUUCCAAAUUCCACAAGUUGUUUCAAGGCGAGCGAGCUUAUAUCGCCGAAUUGGACGUUCAUUUCCCUGAACUGACGCUUGGCCAAACCCUCAAUUUCGCUGCAUCAACCAGAUCAAGGAAGCCUAAGGUCGAAGCAGGUCGAGACAUUGCCUUGAAGUUCGGUUUAGGUGCAGCUUUUGAUACUCCUAUCGGGAACACAGCCAUCCGUGGCCUUAGUGGUGGCGAAAAGCGGCGGGCAAGCAUUGCCGAAGCCUGUUUGGGUGGUGCGCGACUCCAAUGCUGGGAUAAUAGCACUCGGGGGCUUGACAGCUCUACUGCACGGCGCUUCAUCAAGUACUUGAGGCAGUUAACAGAUACUGAGAAGUCGACGGCGGCGAUGAGUCUUUACCAACCAUCCGAGGAUAUUUACCAAGAAUUUGACAAGGUCACCGUGCUAUACGAGGGUCGUCAAAUCUACUACGGCCCCACAGGAGAGGCUGUUGACUACUUCAAAGAGAUCGGGUUCGUGAAGCCCGACCGAGUCACAACUGCCGACUUCUUGACCUCUCUGACCAAUCCAGCCGAGCGUGAUAUAUAUGGUAGCAGCGAGCGUACUAUCCCACGCUUACCUGAUGAAUUCGCCAACAUCUGGAGACGCGGUGAACGGGCCCAGCGCGUUCGCGAUGAGAUCGCUAGUUUCGGCGCUGCAUUUUCCACGACAGGCCAUGGAAACGCAACAACGGAACAACUAGGCCUCCGGGCUUCCACUUAUCCGCUCUCGGCCCCUCGUCAGGUACUUGUCUGUCUUAACAGAGCGAUUUUGAGGAUGCGUCAAAAUCUCUCUACAGACCUUACUACCGUCAUCGCCAAUACCAUCCUCGGGUUAAUCAUAGGUAGUGUGUAUUAUGGCUUGGAUGAGACAACAGAUAGUCUCCAGUCAAGGUCUCUGCUAUUAUUUUUUGCCUUGAUCCUGAAUGCGUUCUCUCCUGCAUUUGAGGUCGUUGUCGUCUGGGCACAACGUCCAAUAGUAGAAAAGCACCGCCGUUACGCAUUUUAUCAACCGUUUACUGAGAGAGCUGCGGCCUUCAUCUGUGAUAUCCCGAUUAAAGCUACUACUUGCUUUGGAAUACACAUUCCUAUUUACUUCCUAGGCAACCUCCGACGAAGCGCGUCUGCCUUUUUCUUAUAUUGGCUUUUUAUGUUAGUGAAUAUUUUCGCCAUGUCCAUGCUAUUUCGCAUAAUUGGCUCUGUCUCAAGAUCGCGGGAUAAUACGCAGAUCCCAGUCUCCUUUGCAAUACUUUUCUGUAUCAUCUACACUGGUUUCGUUGUGCCACCGGAUUAUAUGGUACCAUGGUUUGGGUGGUUUUGGCGCAUCAACCCACUUGCUUAUACGUACGAAAACCUGAUGGUAAACGAGAUGGGUAAUCGACUCUUUCUAUGCUCAAACAUGAUCCCAAUUGGACCAAGUUAUGAGGCCAUUGAUAUUAGCCAGAGAAUUUGCGCGACAAUAGGAAGCCAAGCAGGCCAAUCUUUCGUCCAGGGCACAGCCUACCUAUCCUCAAAGUAUGGAUACGUAUCAAAUCAUAUCUGGCGAAACUUCGGAAUCUUACUGGGCAUGAUGGUGGCAUUUUGCGGUAUUCAUCUUUUUGCUACACAGUAUAUAUCAUCACAGCGGUCUCGAGGCGAAGUGUUAGUAUUCAAACGCACCUUAUUUUCGAAUAAUGAGGUGGCCGAUGACGAAGAAAGCGCUGUCAGUAAUGACUCCUUUCGUCAGAAGGACCAGGCCGUCGUUACCACCAAUACGGAUCAUAGAAGUACUCACGUUACUACCACCAAGGCUCCUGCCUCCCAACAAUCUGCUCUCCUAUAUUGGAGCGAUCUCAAAUAUGAUAUUAAAGGCCGCACCAUUCUACAGAAUGUUGACGGUUGGCUUCAGGCCGGGACGCUUACAGUUUUGAUGGGUAUCACAGGCGCUGGGAAAACGUCCUUACUCAAUGUCCUAGCUGACCGUGUUACAACUGGUAAAGUGACUGGAAGCAUUUCCGUAGGCGGAUAUUCUCGAAGCACUGGAUAUCAACGAAAGUUAGGCUACGUCCAACAAGACGACGUUCAUAUGGCCACCGCUACAGUGCGAGAAGCCUUGGAGUUUAGUUGCCUCCUCAGGCAACCAGAAUCCAAGAGCAAAGAGGAGAAGCUGCAAUACGUUAAUGAAGUUCUGGAACUAAUGGAUAUGCAGUCAUAUGCCGACGCGCUUGUCGGCAUUCCAGGCGAGGGCCUCAAUCUAGAACAACGUAAACGUUUGACAAUUGCUGUUGAGAUGGUGGCACAGCCAGAGCUCUUGUUGUUCGUCGACGAGCCAACUUCUGGUCUUGAUAGCCAAACCGCCUGGUCUAUAUGUACUCUCCUCCGUAAGCUUUCUGAUAACGGACAAACAAUUCUCUGCACCAUACACCAGCCAUCAUUCCAGCUAUUCACUAUGUUUGACCGUUUAUUGCUCCUUGGAACUAACGGAAAAACACUUUACUUCGGCGACAUCGGUCAAGAUGCAUCUACCCUGGUCUAUUAUUUUGAAAGCAAUGGCGCACCACGAUGCCAGACCGGCGAGAAUCCCGCGGAGUGGAUGUUGAACAUAACGAGCACAAAUAUUCAGUCUGAAGUUCAGCAUAACCCUUCUCAUAUAGACUGGACCCAAAUAUGGAAUGCUAGCAAACAAAGGCAAGAUGUGGUGAAACAUCUAAACACUUUAAAGGGAGCCCAUUCGACAACUCCGCAGCUCGUCGUAGCCCCUGAAAAUGCAUAUGCUACUCCUUUUCUUCGGCAGAUGUUUAUUGUCACGAAACGUACGUUCAUAGACCAAUGGCGCAAUCCUGUCUACCUCUCCACAAAAAUUGUGGUUUCAGUCGGUACCGCCUUGCUCAACGGAUUCUCAUUUUUUAACACAUUCCCAAACGUGCAAGGCAUAACAAGCCUUCUUUUCUCGAUCUUCUUCGCAACUUAUCUGUUUAGUUACAUCGACCAAAUGGUCAUCCCUUACUUUCACCGAGGUAUAGAGCUUUUCGAAGUGCGAGAGCGACAUUCAAGGACAUACUCCUGGUCUAUUCUCCUCAUCGCUAAUAUUCUCGUCGAGGUGUUCUGGCAAACCCUUAUCAGCAUCCUCACUUUUGCGUCAUGGUACUACCCGACCGGCCUUAGCCGCAAUGGAGAACCUAUCUAUGGAACUGCAGAUCGCGGUGCACUCACGUUUAUUUUGCUCUGGCUGUUCAUGUUGUGGGCCAGUACACUGUCCCAGGCCUUAGCCGCGGGAAUAAAAGACUCGGAGAUAGCUAUGCAAAUUGGUAUUCUGCUAUACUGGCUAGCCUUAGUGUUUUGCGGGGUUCUGAUGCCACCUGCACAACUUCCACGGUUCUGGAUUUUUAUGUAUCGCAUUUCGCCACUCACAUAUUUGAUGGAAGGACUCACAGUUGCUGGUCUAGCCCAGACGCACAUUCACUGCUCGGAUAUCGAGACUCUCCACAUACCCUUCCCCCAAUCCGUUAUAUCAUCAAGUGGUAACGCAACUACGUGUGACGAUUACUUACAACCUUAUGUCCAGACAUUCGGAGGGUACGUAACCAACCCACUCAACACCACAGAAUGUCAAUAUUGCCCAUUUCUAAGUGCAAACACACUCUUGGAAAGUUUCGGGAUGAAUGUAGGCCACACCUGGCGUAACGCCGGGCUCCUUGCAUGCUAUGUAAUUUUUAACAUCUUUGCAACUUUUGGUAUAUUUUGGGCUACAAGGACUUUGAAAGCCAUUCGAACCCACAGCUAGCUAUUAAAGAGACCACUAGUUAGAGGUUUCCGCUUCGAUGGUCGACCUGUGAGGGGCUGUAGAUGGAUACGAUGUAUUCGCAGAUUAUCUGGCUAAAGAUCUAGGUGUACGUGAGAGAUCUCUUUCUCUGGCCUGAAUACAAGCCAUAGCAACCUACACCAGAUAGGCAGAGGUCAUGGUAACAACUACCUGCUUUUGGCUUCUAAUUCUAUUUUUAACAUUUAUAUAAAUAUACACUCGGCGGGUACACAAAGUAGGUAGGUAGGUAUCCUGGCAGCCUGGUAUGUACGUGGGCCUCAAUACUCUUGAUAAUAGCUAAAGUAGUCGGGCGAGUUGUUUUAGAUGAUAGAAUCAUUAGAAGGCUGAUAAUCUCUAUGAUUAGCAUCGGCACCUACCUAUCUAAAGAGUACCAAAGU